UUUCCAGUCAACACCUGGCUGAGUUCAGCAGGGAGUCUUUUUACCCAGACAAGUUGCUGGCUGUUCCCCUGUGCUCCAGGCAUUGCGUGUCUGAGCUGUGUUUCUCCUUGUUCCUCUCUCCUGCAGGGUUGGGCUCUUCCCCAUGCUAUGGCGGGCUGCUUCUGCUGCUGCCGUAAGUGCCCCCGUUUCUUGUCGGAGGAAGACAGAGCUGCCGUCCUGGCAGACAAAGAAAUCCAGAAAAUACUGCGGGAGCAGAAGAAGCAAGACAGGAGGGAGGUGAAGCUGCUGCUGCUGGGCCCUGGCGAGAGCGGGAAGAGCACGUUCAUCAAGCAGAUGAGGAUCAUCCAUGGGUCGGGCUAUUCAGAAGAGGAUUGCAAAGCAUUCACCAAGCUAGUGUAUCAGAACAUCUUUGCCGCCAUGCAGGCCAUGACUGGGGCCAUGGAGACGCUGCAGAUCCCCUAUGCCCAGCCAGAGAACGUGCACCAUGCCCAGCUGGUCAUGGGAGUGGAUGCCUAUAAGGUAGUGAGACUCAAUGAGCCAUACGUCAGUGCCAUCAGGGAGCUGUGGAGAGAUGCUGGGAUCCAGACGUGUUAUGAGAGACGAAGGGAAUAUCACUUGCUGGACUCUGCCUUUUACUUUCUAUCCAGCCUGGAGCGUAUUGUGGAAGAUGCCUACAUCCCCACCGCGCAGGAUGUCCUGAGGAGCCGGAGGCCGACGACCGGCAUCAACGAGUACUGCUUCUCGGUGAAGAAGGUGACCCUCAGGAUCGUGGACGUGGGGGGGCAGAAGUCGGAGCGCAAAAAAUGGAUCCAUUGCUUCGAAAAUGUGAUUGCCCUAAUCUACCUGGCCUCUCUCAGUGAGUACGACCAGCGCCUGGAAGAGAACAGCCAGGAGAACCGGAUGAAAGAGAGCCUGGCUCUUUUCCGGACCGUCCUAGAGCUGCCCUGGUUUCGGAAUGCCUCGGUCAUCCUCUUCCUGAACAAGACCGACAUCCUGGAAGACAAGAUCGCACACUCGGACCUAGCCGACUGCUUCCCGGCCUUCCCAGGGCCCAAGCAGGAUGCUGAGGCUGCGAAGCACUUCAUUUUGGAGAUGUACACAGAGAGGUACAAGCAGUGCUCAAGUGGACGUGGGCCCUCCCAGACCUCCAAAACCAGGUGUCUCUACCAUCACUUCACCUGUGCCACGGACACGCACAACAUCCGCAAGGUCCUCAAGGAUGUCCGGGAUGUGGUCCUGGCCAGCUACUUGGACGAUAUCAACCUGCUGUGAUGGGACGGGCUCUGCUGGGGAAUUAGCUGGGUGUCGGGACAGGAGGCUUUGGCUGCUGCUCCUCAUACACCUGGCUCGGGAGGCAGGAAAGAAACCAGCCAGGGCACCCUUCAUGCUGGGCAUGCAAAAAGAACAGCUCUUGACAUCUCCCUGGUUUGGAGACCCUCGGUGGACCAACUUUCCUGAUGACCUCCUGCAGGGGUCCUUUUUAGAGCUGUCUUCAGAGACCCACUUCUGGCUUGCCUCUGGGUCACUUUUAGCCUCCCUGCCUUUCUGAUGGGGACUGAAUGCUCCUGACUUUGUGCCUAGGAUUUGGCUCCAGAAAGGGCUCCUGUUCCUCUCCUCCGGGGUUGUUCUCAUUUUCCUUGCCAGGGGAGGGGCUGCUUUGGUAGCCGACCCAUCUGCAAAGCACUCGGGGCGCUGAGGCUGUUUGUAGAGACUAAUAAAGAAUGGAGAGAUGCAGUUAUUUUAAA